CAGGAGGGGGCGGGAAAAGCCGGGGGAGCGGCAACAGGAGGCCUAUCCCGAGCGCUCGUGUUUGCGCGCGUGUUGCAAGAAACGCGCGAGGGCCAAGGCGAGCCGCUGAGGGGAAAGUCAGCCUGAGCCCGAGGUCUUUCCAGGCGUGGGCCCUCUUAUCUCUGCGGCAUGUGGCUCGGUCACGGAGGUUAUGACAGCAAUUAUGGCAAUACUAGCUAUUCACAAUCACCUGGAGGAUUUACAUCGCCUUCUGCAACCCAGAGUGAAAAGAAAUCAAGGUCAAGAUCACAGAAUAUUGUUCCCUGUACAGUAUCACAACUAUUUUCAGCUGAACAAGUGGAUGACGUUUUCAGGGUCCGUGAAGUUGAACUUUCACAAGUUAUUAUUGUGGGCAUAAUCAGGCAUGCUGAAAAAGCACCGACAAAUAUUCUCUACAAAGUGGAUGACAUGACUGCGGCCCCAAUGGAUGUGAGGCAGUGGGUCGACACUGAUGAGGAGGGCAGUGAAAAUGUGGUUGUUCCACCAGGAACCUAUGUGAAAGUGGCUGGUCAUCUGCGAUCUUUCCAGAACAAAAAGAGCCUGGUUGCAUUCAAGAUUAUGCCCCUAGAGGAUAUGAACGAAUUUACUGCACAUCUGCUUGAAGUUGUCAACGCACACUUGAUCCUCAGAAAAAGCAACAUGCCCAAAUCUACGAAGAUGCCUCAGUCCUUCGGUGUAUUUGAGAUGAGCAGUGUAUCAAAAGCUGGAGGAAGUGAUACCUUGCCAAUGCAUGGUCUUACACCACACCAGAGCCAGGUUCUGAAUUUGAUUAAAAGCUGCAUGACUACUGAAGGGAUAAGUCUUCAUGAUCUGAAAUCUCAGUUGCAUAGUAUUAACCUGCAGACGCUCAAGAAAGCUGUUGAGUUUCUUAGCAGCGAGGGACAUAUAUAUUCCACUAUUGAUGAUGAGCAUUUCAAGUCUACAGAUGCUGACUAAGGUCUGAUUGAUUUAUAAUAAUCUGGGUCCAAAGUUUUAUUAGAUCCAAGACUGUUUUCCCUGAUUUAGGUCUCGAAGUACUAUUGAUGGUGAUACAUAGAUUGAAUGGGACACGCCUUCAGCAGAUGCCUUCAUCCACGCUGUUCCUUUUGCCGUGGCUUAAAUCUGUCUUUCAGCUUUCUGUGCCUUUUUCUGUAAACGGAAUCAUCCUUUAAAAAAUAUAUUUUUUACUAAUAUAGCAGUAGUUUAUGCACAGCUAGAUUUUCAAUCUAGGAUACUUUGCAGUUCACAAAAUCUCUGGAACACCAAAAUAUUUUAAUUUUGCUCAGCUUCUAUUUUCUUCUGGCUGAUUAUUAUACUAUGCAAUUUUCUACACCUGAAGCCCCCAUAACAUUGUAUAAUUACAUUAUGCAGCCUUGUACAAUAUUGGCUUUUGCCUAACUCAGAAAUCCUCCUUAUAAUUCCAAAAACGAUGUAAUUCUUAAUUUUGGGAUUGAUUCUUUUGAAAGAGAUACGAACAGUAGGUUAAGAUUUACCCUUAAGUUAAAAGUUUUAUUUUAAAUUCAGAAAUAGGGUUGACACGUACGCUGGAAUCUGAUUUAAUUAUUCAUAGAGUAAUUACUGAUAAUAACACAAGACUCUACAGGGACAUAAAUGUAGUUUACAUAUUCAAACUGGCUGAGAAUGUAAAGAUUUGUGAAAGUUAAGAUAACAGUGCUGACUUCUAAUAUAUGUAAAAAUGUAAUAAAAUCUUGCUGUUCUGCAAAUAUCCUUGUGUAAUUAGUCUCAAUAUAAUGUGUGAAACGAAUAAUGUAAAAGCUUGGUUAGAAUUGCAAGACCAAAAUGCCAUCUUUUUAACUCCUGGGGAGGGUAUAUCUGAGGGAUUCAGUGACAAAGAGUUAACUGAGUUUCUUUCGGUUUUGCCUUUUUUGAUGCAUGUUCUGUGUGACUGCUUCUCACUGAAGUUUAGAUCUUCCUAAUGGUCGUAGAUGGGAAGGAUGGCAGUUCUUGUUGGCAAAGCUUGGACAGCGAAACUUUUCUAACCUUGAUUCAUUACACUGCUAGUGAUUGUUACCUAAACUAAAGUUUCUUUAGAUCAGGCUUCACUGUCAAACAAAAAUAAAAUUUGCUUUGUGAUGUUCA